GCUUCCUGUCUCUGAGCAUCCGAGCUAGUUUACGAUGAGCGCAUGGAAGCCAGGACUUACUCUAAACCAGAGGUAUUUUUUUGUGUGAAGCCAAAACUUGCUCAUCCGAGCUAUUUUUGCGUGUGCAACCUCCCCACGUUGUACAGCCCGUUUUAUUGUUACUGCAGUGCGAUGACUUAAGUGACACAUGAACACUCAGCGAAAUGGGUUCACUUGCAAUAUUUAUUUAUUUAAUCAGCAAACUUAUUACGUAAGUCUUAUACUGUCUAGCUACUUGUCGAUAACGUGUGUACUGUGUGGGAUCGCAGUGGAAACCAGUAUCACCAGCAGAGUUUGCGUAGACGACACUCCUUAAAGUCUUUAUAAACCACUGUCAUCAACCUCGGUCUCCACAACGUGUGGAUAUAAUAAUACAGAGGAGGAUCAUUAAAUUCCCGUUCCAGUCUGCUGUAAGAGAACAGUGGACUAAAAUUGAGGGUUGUCCUCUCUCAUAUUCUCAUACUCGACCACCAUAACCCGCCCCCACCCCCCACUCAUUCACACACCGACACACCAAUUUGCGAUAUGGAGAUAGAUAUUAAAAGGGUUAUGUAACACAGUCAUCAGGAAUUAUUCAGACAAUCAGACUCGGUUCUCCUCAACACCAAGUUCCAAACUGCUAAGGAUAAUAAGUACAGACUAUCUUGCAUUCUCUCUUUUUGUCUUAGAGCUUCAUAAUCUAUCUCAACCCUCUUCCAUUUUGCAAUAUGAGGACAGUAAUACGAGACAGUUUAUUUCACCUUCUUCACAGGAAUGUUUGCGGCGCACUUACAUAUAUAUAUUAUAUAGUUUCGCAACACAAGAACCGAGUUUGCGAGAGCAUGAACGUCUGUCUUUCUUAAUACUUUUGGGGCGGUGUGCUAGAGAUACGCCGUAGCCAAAUCACUGUAAGGAGAAAGUCCGGGAUUUUUCCGUUCUCUCCUAGGAGCGGGUUGUUUUGUUUUGGGUUUUACUUUUUUUUGCCACUUAUCGAGAGAUAGCAAAGGCGUCAAAGAAUACCAGGAAACCCAGGCUGGGGACCAAGGAACUGUCUGCCUCUCUAUGAUCCGGCCAAUACUUUUCUAUGUCUAUUGAAAGUGAUAGAAAGACUUUUUAAAGGCUGUACACAGGCGGAAGUUCCUGUUCCGAAUAGUGUCCGGUAAAAAAACACGCUCGCUCAAAGCGAAGUUCCUCCUUCAGGAAGGAGCCCCUGUCCAGAGCAGCACCUGCUUGACAACGAGGGACCGGGCGGCUGCUCGCAAUGGCCGCCACCACCACCACCAGCAGCCACCUGACAGCGACCACUCAGGAUGAAGAAGCUCCUUUCACCAGCCUCGCUGACCGUUCCCGUAUAUCAGCCGCCUGCUCCUGGGAGUGUCGUGCGGCCCUGGCGAGCGUCCUGCAUCUCGCCCCGGAGGGGGAACUGGGCGCUUGGGAGCCUUUGGAGCCUCCGCAGAACGGUAAGAAUGUUGUGGUACUAGAAAGACGAUUAAACAACGAUAAUGUAGCACCAUGUUUAUUGUACUUGCACUGUGACCCCCGUGGAUCUGAAGAAAUUACUGGUCUUGGUAUUGUAAGUGAGGCACGGAACAUGGAAGUAUACAUGGGAGAAGAAUACUGUGGAACUGGGAGGGGAGAGAAAUUUUUUACUACCCAGAAUGGCAGCAAAAAUGACCAGGUUACAUUAUACAAAAAGUAUCUUAAAUUGGAGUGCUCCACAGCCUCUUGUAAGAUUAAGCUACUGUCGAUCGGUGAAAAACAAAGAGUACUCAUCAGUAAAAUCAUAGUACAAGUCAAAGCAGUCUGUACAAAAUCUGUGCCAGACUUCGCUUCACUAGGAUCAGGAAUAGACCUAGACAAAGUGCAGACUAUGAUGGAAUCUAUGGGAUCAAAAUUAUCACCUGGGGCUCAACAGCUCCUGGAUAUGGUUCGCAUUCAACAGAAGAAUGGUCUUCCUUUUGGAGGCAAGUUACAAAAUAUAUUUGGGAGAAAAGGAUUCAUGUUUGGAAGCAAUCAUACCAUUGAUGGAUUGCAAAGGUCAACUGAUUUUGGAAGACGAGAUCUCUUACCCAAUGGACCCUCUCCUCUUAAACCUGGUUUGGCAGCUGGAACUGUUCUAGAAGACUUGAAAAUAUACACCGAUAUGAACAAACCAAUACCAAGUAGAGAGGAUAUAUUUGAGCCUCCUGGACUUGAAACUCCACAGCACAGUGCCAUAUUGUCUCCAAAUGACUUUAAAUGCUUGGUGUCAUCAUUUUUACAAGAGCAAGCAAAUGAAAACCCAAAUACCCCCAAUUCAACACUGCUGCUUCCAUUUCUUCAAACUGUAUGUGGUCAGGUGAAUCGUCUGCGAAUAGAUGAAAGGAAUAAACACUGUGGGAGAAAUUCUAUAUUUGAGGAUGAUGAGAUUCAGACUCUUGGUGUGGAACAGCAGCCUGUUUGCCUCUAUCUAGAAAAGAUCAUUUCCAAAAAAAUGGAACUGAUGGAGAAAAGAUUAAUGGACUACAUAGAUCUGCGUAUGCAGAAACUUCAAGAAGAUCUUGAUAGUAAAAUUGUUACAAUAAUGGAUUUGGUUCAGACUUCUAAAAAAUGUUCAGAAGAGCACAAUCCUUCAAAAGAAGAACACUCAAAUGGGUAGAAAACAUUUAAAAAAUUGAAGACCUCAACAUAAAUGUUUUUGCAGGGCAAGUAUUUAUUAUGCAAGCGUUUCAAAAUGUUAUGGUUACAGCUCGUAAAUAUUUAAAUCGUCAGUAUUUGUACUUGUUAUAAUUUCCCUCAGUAUUUGACACUAAUGUUAGUGUGUGUAUAUCUGUAAUGUGGGGAGGGGGUGGGAUCCACACAAUAUUUUUUACAGUUCAGAGAACAUUUCUACAUCUACCUAUGGCUUAUUUAUUCAUUAACAGUUCAAAAAAUUACUUUUUUGGAUGUUUGUAAACCUCAUAUUGAACUAUGGGAGAUAAACUCUAAAUAAAGUUAUGUGCAGCUUUA